GUCACCUCCAUCCAACGCCUUCUUCCUACUUCGCCUUCCUUGUUUUCCCUCCUCCCAAUGGCUGCUCAGACGACCCUCAAGACUAUCAAGUCUCUUGUUCCCCUGUUCGACCGCGUUCUCGUCCAGAGGUUCAAGCCUGAGACGAAAACCGCGUCGGGUAUCCUACUCCCCGCUUCGGCGACCAAGGACCCGCUCCCGGAGGCGACUGUGCUCGCCGUCGGCCCCGGUGCGACGGACAAAGAUGGAAAGGUUAUUCCCAUGGCCACGAAGCCUGGUGACCGGGUGCUCCUUCCUGGUUGGGGUGGUAGCUCAAUAAAGGUCGGCGAGGAGGAAUACUACCUCUACCGCGACUCCGAGAUCCUUGCCAAGAUCCAUGAGUGAACGUGAUAGUCGCAGUCGACCUUCGCGUCGUGGGAUUUGUGCCCGAGGUGGUUCCGGAUUCUGAGGGUUACGAGGUGUCGUGUGCAAUCAAUUGCCGCACGAUUUGAGACCAAAAUCAUACAUCCGCUAUUGCUACUAUGUCGCUAAUCGCAUUGCUUUGCAUCGAAUUAAUACAUCGCAUCCCCACUCAGAAU